GAUAAACGCUCGUCAGUAGUAACUUGCACGCAAUAUCUGGAAAACGAGGUAGUUCAGGAUGAAACUGCGCGUAAUUAUCUUGCUGAGCCUGGCGGCAGUAAUAUCGGCGGCAAACGAGCCAAUAGCCAUCAUCAGGCAGGAGCAGGAUAUCAGUCCAGACGGUAGCUACUUCUUGCAAUGGGAAAGCGCCAAUGGGAUAACCUUCGAGGAACGGGGAGUUCAAAAGAAUGCUGGCCAGAAGGAUAAGGAGGCUGAGGAAGUGCGCGGUUCGGCGACAUGGACCGCGCCCGACGGACAGAAAAUUAAUCUCGGCUGGCUGGCGGACGAAAACGGCGCUAUCUUCGAAGGCUCUCAUCUACCGACUCCGCCACCCCCGCCCGCAAUUCCACCCGCUAUCCAGCGCGCUCUCGACUGGAUAGCCGCUAACCCACCCAGAGAAGAAAGAAACAAAGUGUAAUUACUGAUGCAUCAUGGCUACAAAUACGUCGGACAUUUAUGAUACACUUGUUUAGCCUAAAGUCGUAUAUAAAAAUGAGACUAUAUAUUGGAUAAAAACAUGAUCUUAUUUCCGAUUUCUUGUAAACAUUAAUUCCUUGAUAAAAAAAAUUAAAUACAUUAUGAACAAUUAAUUAGGACAAUUGUGAUAUUGAAUUAUCAAAGUUUGCCAAACAGAUAAAUUCAGUUGUCAAUUACAUUAGGAUUGAUAACCGUUUCUGUUUAAUAUACAGUAUGAAAUUGUUAAGCAAUAAUAAUAAUCAAUUAUGUAUUGUUAAAGAGUAUUAUGUUUACAUCAAUACUGUAAUUAUUUUGGUUGGAUUAUAACAAUUUAAUUACCACA